GCUUCUGCUUGCGUCGUUGCGAAGAAGCCGGUGGUGCAUUUUGGAUCAAUCACCAGCGACACACGCGACACCCACACGCACCCACCAGCCAGCCAGCUAUGGACGUGGAUGAUGGCGGGCCGCCAAGCCCGGAGAAGGUUGAGCAGUUCUUCAAUGAUUUGGAGCUGAGAGAGGACCAGGGCGACCUGGACCUCCUUGUUGUCGCUGAGCAGCGUGGUUUGCUCAACGACACGUGUCGCACAUUGCUGAGUGAGGCACGCCGGCGUGGCUUGCUCCCACCAAAACCGGACUCAGAGGUCAUCUUGGAGACUUAUGAUGUGCAGUACCUUGGCGCAAGUGUUAUCGAAGGCGCGGACACGGAGAAAGGCAUUGAGCCUCCCUCCAUUUCCCAUGCCGUGGGGAGAAUCGCCAAGAACCCGCGCGUGUCCUUUCAGACGCCGCUGCUGAUGGAAGUGCACACUGGCGAGAUCAAGGUUUACGACUUGACAGACUCGUCUGGUCGCCGUGAAUCCCUCGGCACGCGCACGCUUCGCAGAUUGAAGAGUGUCACACUCCGUCGCAUGACGGGCCGCAAAAAAUCGUCUACAGGUUCCCUGCGCGGCUCCACCACAGAUGAUGCGGAGCUUGUUGUGGAGCAUCACAGACGAAACAUCUACACCUUCUCGGCAUUUGACAAGGCCGUGGCUUGCGUCAUGCGAGAAAAGGACUUUACAGGCAAACUCGCAUAUGUGUGCCACGCCUACAAAUGCCGCGACAAGCGCAAGGCACUCGAAAUUGCACAUCACUUGCGCGUGAGCCAUGACGACAUUCUCAAACGCGAAAAGGACACCAUCAAGCAGCACUUCCCCUUGGAGCGUGUCACGAUCAUGUGUCCAACAGAGGACGCGUACUACGGUUUGAAUCUUGUUGGCUCAACGACACACGCAGAGGCCACGACAGGCGUGUUCGUCUCCAGUAUUGACAAGGACUCCCCGGCAGACAAGGACACGCGUGUGCGCGUGGGCCUGCAGAUUGUGGCCAUCAACGGGAACAUUACGGAUGACUCCACCAUUGCCGAGUGUCGCACCCUCAUUCGCCAAUCUAAGGACAUGAUUGUUCUUGACUUGCAAGAAAACCCCAUGGGGUUUGGCAUCCAUGAAUACAACCAAGGCAUGCGUCGUCCAGUCGUCAACUUUGACCCAGAAGGCCACUCACGUGCGUCGCUCUCCCAGCACGUCGACCAAGCGGCUCAAGAUCUGAUGCAACUGAGCCAGAACUCAUCCUUUGCCUCUGUCACGUCGCCAUGAUUCUGACGGCGAAGCAGAAGUUGGUGGAUUGCUUUUUGCAUUCUCAUUUCUCCUCUCCUUACCCCCUUAACUCGCGUUACACCUGUUUAACUUAACCCUGGCUCAAGUCAACGACCUGCUGCUGGUCCCUGUUCUCUUGCCGCACGGCUUUGCCCACUGGCCUCAUCGACCCUUCUUGUUGCCUCCACACACAAACAUGGUUGCACUUCGUUACUUUCGUUUGUAUCGUCGGGUGUAUUCAUGACAUAAUCUGCUUACCUCAUGUUCAAUACCAACCAACCUCCUUGCUUG